GUGGGCUGGUGGGAGAUGAAGCUAAAGGAGGGCCGACGCCAGAUCUCGAAGGGCUUAGGGCUUGGUACCAGGAGCUUGCUGUGCUCUUUUGCAGAUGUGGAUGAGUGCGCCCAAGGGCUAGAUGACUGCCACACCAACGCCCUCUGUCAGAAUACACUCACCUCCUACAAGUGCUCCUGCAAGCCUGGCUACCAAGGGGAGGGCAGGCAGUGUGAGGACAUUGAUGAAUGUGAGAAUGAACUCAACGGAGGCUGUGUCCAUGACUGUUUGAAUAUUCCAGGCAAUUAUCGCUGCACAUGUUUUGAUGGCUUCAAGUUGGCUCAUGAUGGUCAUAAUUGUCUUGAUGUGGACGAGUGCCUGGAGAACAAUGGUGGCUGCCAGCACACCUGUGUCAACGUCAUGGGGAGCUAUGAGUGCCGCUGCAAGGAGGGAUUUUUCCUGAGUGACAAUCAGCACACGUGCAUUCACCGCUUGGAAGAGGGUCUGAGCUGCAUGAAUCGGAAUCACGGUUGUAGUCACAUCUGCAAGGAGGCCCCAAGGGGCAGCGUCGCCUGCGAGUGCCGGCCGGGCUUUGAGCUGGCCAAGAACCAGAGAGACUGCAUCUUGACCUGUAACCAUGGAAAUGGUGGGUGCCAGCACUCCUGCGAGGACACUGCUGAAGGCCCAGAGUGUAGCUGCCAUCCCCAGUACAAGAUGCACGCAGACGGGAGAAGCUGCCAUGAGCGAGAGGACACUGCCCCGGAGGUGACAGAGAGCAAUGCCACGUCGCUGGUGGAUGGCGAUAAGCGGGUGAAGCGGCGGCUGCUCAUGGAUGUGGAUGAAUGCUCUUUGGAUAGGACCUGUGACCACAACUGCAUCAACCACCCCGGCACAUUCACAUGUGCUUGCAACAAAGGGUACACCCUCUAUGGCUUCACCCACUGCGGAGACACCAACGAGUGCAGUGUCAACAAUGGGGGCUGUCGGCAGGUCUGUGUGAACACAGUGGGCAGCUACGAAUGCCAGUGCCACUCUGCAUACAAGCUCCACUGGAAUCAGAAAGACUGUGUGGAAGUGAAGGGGGUCCUGCCCACUAGUGUGUCACCCCAUGUGUCCCUGCUUUGCGGUAAGAGUGGUGGAGGAGACAGGUGCUUCCUCAGAUGUCACUCGGGCAUUCACCUCUCUUCAGGACUGCAAGAGGCCUACUCUGUCACCUGCGGCUCUUCCUCUUCUCUCAAGAGCAAACAGCAAAAAUCCAAUGACUCCACUUGCGGGGAUGUCGCCACCGUCAGGACAAGUGUAACCUUUAAACUAAAUGAAGGCAAGUGUAGUUUGAAAAAGGCUGAGCUGUUUUCCGAGGGUCUGCGACCAGCACUACCAGAGAAGCACAGCUCAGUAAAAGAGAGCUUCCGCUACGCAAACCUUACAUGCAGCUCCAGCAAGCAAGUCCCGGGAGCCCCUGGCCGCCCCAGCGCCACUAAGGAAAUGUUUAUCUCUGUUGAGUUUGAACUUGAAACUAACCAAAAGGAGGUGACAGCUUCUUGUGACCUGAGCUGCAUCGUCAAGCGAACAGAGAAGCGGCUCCGGAAAGCCAUCCGCGCGCUCCGGAAGGCUGCCAACAGGGAGCAGUUUUACCUCCAGCUCUCGGGCAUGGACCUGGAAGGAGCAAAGACGUCUCCCAGCACAUCUGAACACCGAGUGCAGGCCUGUGGAGUGGGCCAGGGCCACGCAGGAAACCAAUGUGUCAGUUGCAGGGCUGGGACAUAUUAUGAUGGAGCACAAGAACGCUGCAUUUUGUGUCCAAAUGGAACCUUCCAAAAUGAGGAAGGACAAAUCACAUGCGAACCUUGCCCAAGACCAGAAAAUCCUGGAGCCCUGAAGACUCCAGAAGCUUGGAAUGUAUCCGAAUGUGGAGGUCUGUGCCAACCUGGGGAAUAUUCUGCAGAUGGUUUUGCACCCUGCCAGCUCUGUGCCCUGGGCACAUUCCAGCCUGAGGCCGGCCGAACUUCCUGCUUCCCCUGUGGGGGAGGCCUCCCCACCAAACACCAGGGAGCCACUUCCUUCCAGGACUGUGAAACUAGAGUUCAGUGUUCACCUGGACAUUUCUACAACACCACCACUCACCGAUGUAUUCGCUGCCCAGCAGGAACAUACCAACCUGAAUUUGGAAAAAAUAAUUGUGUUUCUUGCCCAGGAAAUACUACCACUGACUUUGACGGCUCCACAAACAUAACCCAGUGUAAAGAUAGAAGAUGUGGAGGGGAGCUGGGAGAUUUCACCGGAUACAUUGAGUCCCCAAACUACCCAGGCAAUUAUCCAGCCAACACCGAGUGUACAUGGACCAUCAACCCACCACCCAAGCGCCGAAUCUUGAUUGUGGUCCCUGAGAUCUUCCUGCCCAUUGAAGACGACUGUGGGGACUACCUGGUGAUGCGGAAAACCUCUUCAUCCAAUUCUGUGACAACAUAUGAAACCUGCCAGACCUACGAACGGCCCAUCGCCUUCACCUCCAGAUCAAAGAAGCUGUGGAUUCAGUUCAAGUCCAAUGAAGGGAACAGUGCCAGAGGCUUCCAGGUCCCUUACGUGACAUACGAUGAGGACUACCAGGAACUCAUUGAAGACAUAGUUCGAGAUGGCAGGCUCUAUGCCUCUGAGAACCAUCAGGAAAUACUGAAGGAUAAGAAACUGAUCAAGGCUCUGUUUGACGUCCUGGCCCACCCCCAGAACUAUUUCAAGUACACAGCCCAGGAAUCCCGGGAGAUGUUUCCAAGAUCCUUCAUCCGAUUGCUCCGUUCCAAAGUGUCCAGGUUCCUGAGGCCUUACAAGUGAGCCCGCCCACGAGCCCCUCGGUGCCACGCUCUGCCUGUGGGCUCUGGGAUGCAGCCGUCUGCCUCUGCAGCCAACACAGUUGGCUAUCGCGGCUUCCUGUAGCAGUGACUCAUUAGAGCUCAAUUUUUAUAGAUAAUACAGAUAUUUUGGUAAGUUGAA